CUGCUCCCUCACACCAACAGCCAUGUCCCAAGAUGAUCUAAUGUGCACCUGGGAUUUUGGUUUUUCUUCAGAACGCUGGAGAUGAAGGGCCUCCUCACACUGGCUUGGUUCCUGGCCUGUAGUGUGCCUGCUGUCCCAGGGAGCUUGCUGGAGCUGACGGUGAUGAUUGAGAAGGUGACUAGGAAGCCCGCCCUGAUGAGCUAUGGCUUCUAUGGCUGUUACUGCGGCUGGGGGGGUCAAGGAACCCCCAAGGAUGGUACUGAUUGGUGCUGUUGGAUGCAUGACCACUGCUACGCACAGCUGGAGAAAAAAGGCUGCAAUGUCUUGACACAGGUGUACAGAUACAGAGUUGCAUGGGGCCUGGUCACCUGUGAACGUGGGUCCCUCUGCCAGAUGCAGCUCUGCGCCUGUGACCAGCAUUUCGUCUACUGCCUGAAAAGAAACAGGAGGAGCUACAACCCUCGUUAUCAAUACUUUCCCAACUUCCUCUGCACCUAG